UUUCUUAUUUUAAAUGACAAUACAGUAGUAACUCAUCCCAUUUUAUUUUAGCAAUAAGCUUCUGCACGCAAACGGACCCCAAACCUUUUCUCUUUCAUCCUCCUCCUCUCUCUCUCUCUCUCUCUCUCCCUCCGACGAAACCUUAUUCCGAUCUUUGCAAUAUGGCGUCCGGAUCGUCGGGUCGGCCCAACCCGGGCUCCAAGGGCUUUGAUUUCGCGUCUGACGACAUUCUCUGCUCCUACGAAGACUUUGGCAGCAACCAGGACUCCUCCAAUGGAAGCCACAACGACCCAGCCAUGGGAACCAAUUCCACCCAGGAUUUUCACAAAAGUAGAAUGGCAAGAUCACCAAUGUACACUUCUGCUGCCUAUGGCCAGCCUGAAGACUCUCUCAACCAAGAAGUAAUUGCUACUGUUGAAAAAAGCAUGAAAAAAUAUGCUGACAAUCUCAUGCGCUUCCUUGAAGGAAUUAGUUCACGGCUGUCACAGUUGGAAUUAUAUUGCUACAAUGUUGAUAAGUCAAUCGGUGAGAUGCGUUCUGAUUUAAAUCGUGAUCAUGGGGAGGCAGAUUCAAAGCUCAAGUCUCUUGAGAAACAUCUGCAAGAAGUCCAUAGGUCUGUCCAGAUCCUGAGAGACAAGCAAGAACUUGCUGAGACUCAAAAAGAAUUAGCCAAGCUUCAGCUUGCACAGAAAGGAUCUUCUUCAUCAACCCAUUCACAAUCUAAUGAGGAAAGAGCUUCACCACCUACCUCAGAUGGUCAGAAGACUGACAACACAUCUGAACAUAACCAGCAAUUAGCUCUUGCCUUGCCCCAUCAAGUAGCACCACAACAACAGCCGGUGGCACCUCCCCCACAGGCGCCAACUCAGAAUGUGACCCAACCACAACAGCCCUAUUAUUUACCUCAAACUCAGCUAUCAAAUCCACCACCCCCACAGCAGCAUCCUCAGAGUCAAUAUUUGGCUUCGGAUCCUCAGUAUCGAACCCCGCAACUGCAAGACCCUAGAGUGGCACCACAGCCAACACAAUCUCAAGUAAAUCAACCACAAGUCCAACCGUUCCCUCAGUAUCCACAGCAAUUACCACAGCAGUUACCUCAGCAGGUGCAGUAUCCACAACAGCCCUCUGUGCAGCCCCAGAUGAGACCCCCAUCAACACCUGUGUACCCACCAUACCCUCCUGGUCAACAGGCGAACCCACCAUACCCACCUGGUCAACAGGCGAACCCACCAUACCCAUCUGGUCAACAGACGAACCCAUCUCCUCCAGAGACUCUGCCAAACAGCAUGCCAAUGCAAGUAUCGUAUUCAAGUGUUCCUCAACCUGGUUCUGGUCGUUCUGAUGCCAUGCCUUUUGGAUAUAGCGGAGCUGGUAGAACAAUGCCACAGCAGCCUCCACCUCAGCAGAUCAAGGGUGCUUUUGGAGCUCAACAAGGUGAUGUGUAUGCCUCUGCUGGGCCUCACCCUGCACUUCCCCCAGGGAGUACAUAUAUGAUGUAUGAUAGUGAAGGAGGUAGAAAUCAUUAUUCUGCUCAGGUGCCUCAUUACAGUCAAGGUGGAUAUCCUCCAGCAAGUGCCUCUCAGACUCCACAACCAACAACAGCUCCAAAUCAUAUGGUUCGGAAUCCGCAAUUCAUUCGUAACCAUCCUUACAACGAGUUGAUUGAGAAGUUGGUGAACAUGGGUUUUAGGGGUGAUCAUGUUGCAAGUGUAAUCCAGAGGAUGGAGGAAAGUGGCCAAACCAUCGAUUUUAAUGCUGUGAUUGACAGGUUGAAUGUACAUUCAUCUGGGGCUCCUCCUCCUCCUCAGAGAGGAUGGUCAGGGUAAAAAGAAAAGAAAAGAAAAAAAAAAUCCCAGUUGAGUAACAAUCAUUGCGUGUGUUUUUUUAUUACGCAUUGAAUAAAGACUGAUGAUAGGUGUAUGGUGUCCUCAUAUGGUUUGAGAGAUACAAGGAUAUUAUUGUAUAUCUGUGACUUCAUUGCAAGAUGUUAACGUUUAAUUUAUGUCAAUGGUGGGUGGUUGUUCUCCUUUGCUUUCUUA